AUGUCUCUCUCCGCGCUCUUCGCCCCAAUAACCCUUCCCCUCGCCUCCCUCUUCGCAAUCCCAAUGCUCUCCUCCUGGUCCACAUCCAUAAAUCUCGUCUUCAUAAGCCUGACAUGGACCACAAUCGCCAUGACCUAUUCGCCGCUCGAACUGGAGUUCUUCGGCCCCCUCCUUCUGCGCACCACAUUGUACAUCCUGCCCUCCCUCUUAUUCCUAGCCAUCGAUUUGGGCGUCCCGAGUCUGGCGCUGGAAUUGAAGGCGCAGGGUGAGCGCAGCCUACCCGGGAAGCAAAAGGGAGGAGCCCAAAAGAUUAGGAAUGUGGUGCUGUGGAGUUGCUUUAAUGUCCUGUUGGGCGUCGCAAUCCAAGCAGGCAUCGAAUUCCUCGUAACAGAUGUCCUACGCAUGCGCAGCCUGCUUGUCAUCAAGGGAAGCAGAUGGAGUUUAAACCACCUGCCCAACCCAUGGAAGCUCGCGAAACACCUCGGAAUUGGUAUUGUGUCGCGGAAUGUCCUCCAAUACUACAUUCACCGCGAUCUGCUCCAUAGCUCCGCUGGAGGGACUCUAGCACAACUCCACCAGUCUUGGCAUCAUAGCGUUAGCGCUCCCUACUCCUUCACGGCGAAUUACGACCAUCCACUGCCUUACCUGCUCCAUCGCUUCCUCCCGCUAUACGUCCCGGCCAUUGUGUUCCGCUUCCACCUCACCACCUACCUGAUUAUGAUUGCGUUGACCUCUCUUGAAGAAUUGUUUACCUAUUCUGGUUACAAUGUCCUGCCGUCCACAAUCAUGCUCAAAGGUAUGGCACGGAGGGUCGAUGCGCAUAUGGCGACUCAAGGGAAGGGUAACUAUGGGCCACUGGGUGUGUUGGAUUGGGUCAAUGGGACGACGCUUGGCGGUCGAGAUAUUGCGGACGAUUUGGGUGAUGAGAUGGACAAGCAUCAAGUGGAGGAGCGGGCGACUGGGAUGGCAGAUAAAUUGAAGGCGAAGGCGAAGAAGGGGAAGGGUAGGGGUUAA